AUGUCUACUGAGGCCAGUGGUUUAGUGCUAGAAAACACAUCUCGUAGAGAUGCUUUGAUUGCCAUUGAGAAGAAAUAUCAAAAGAUCUGGGCUGAAGAACAUCAAUUUGAAUUAGAUGCCCCAUCCAUUGACGAUGAACCUGUAACCAUGGAUUCUGAGGAAUUGCACCGCAAAUAUCCAAAAUUUAUGGCCUCUAUGGCUUACCCAUACAUGAACGGUGUUUUACAUGCCGGUCAUUGUUUUACUUUGUCCAAAGUUGAAUUCUCUGUAGGUUUCGAAAGAAUGAACGGUAAGAGAGCUUUAUUCCCAUUAGGUUUCCAUUGUACUGGUAUGCCUAUCUUAGCUUGUGCCGAUAAGUUAAAGAGAGAGGCUGAAUUAUUCGGUACUGACUAUAGCAAUGUUCCAGCUGAAGAUGCUGAAGAAGAAGUCAAACCAGAAAUUAAGGAAGAAGCUGUCGAUCCAACCAAGUUCAAGGCUAAGAAGUCUAAGGCUCAAGCUAAGAAGGGCCGUGGUAAGUACCAAUGUGAAAUCAUGAUGCAAUUAGGUAUUGCCAGGGAAGACGUCAUCAAGUUUGCUGAUGCUCAAUACUGGUUGACUUACUUCCCACCUCUAUGUCAAGAUGAUUGUACUUCCAUCGGUGCUCGUAUCGAUUGGAGACGUUCUUACAUCACCACCGAUGCUAACCCAUACUACGAUGCCUUUAUCAGAUGGCAAAUGAACAGAUUAAAGGGUCUAGGUAAGAUUAAGUUCGGUGAACGUUACACUAUUUACUCUGAAAAGGAUGGUCAACCAUGUAUGGAUCACGAUAGACAAUCUGGUGAAGGUGUCGCCCCACAAGAAUAUAUUGGUAUUAAGAUCGAAGCUACUGAAUUUGCUAAAGACGCUCAAGUAUUACUUGACGGUUGUGCUGCCAUUGACAAAUCCAAGAAACUUUACUUUAUUGCAGCAACUUUGAGACCAGAAACUAUGUAUGGUCAAACAUGUUGUUUUGUUUCUCCAACCAUCGAAUAUGGUAUCUUCGACAACGGUGACUCUUACUACAUUACCACUAAACGUGCUUUCAAGAACAUGUCCUUCCAAAAAUUAACCCCAACUAGAGGUUCAUACGAACCUAUUCUAACCAUUCCGGGUAAGGCCUUCAUUGGUUCUAAGAUUGAUGCUCCAUUAUCUGUUUACAAAGAUCUAAGAAUCCUACCUAUGGAAACUGUGAUUGCAACUAAGGGUACCGGUGUUGUGACAUGUGUUCCAAGUAACUCUCCAGAUGAUUACAUUACCACCAAGGAUUUGGCUCACAAGCCAGAAUAUUAUGGCAUCGAUCCAUCUUGGGUGAAACCACUUGAUGAAAUUGUUCCAUUGAUUAAGUCUCAAAAGCAUGGUGAAAUUAUCGCCAAGGCUCUUGUUGAAGAACUAAAGAUCCAAUCUCCAAAGGACAAGAAUGCUCUAGCUGAAGCCAAGAAGAUUGCAUACAAGGAAGAUUACUACGGUGGUGUAAUGAUAUAUGGUCCAUUCGCUGGUGAAAAGGUCGAAGUUGCUAAAAACAAGGUCAAGGAACAAAUGAUUGCUGACGGUCAUUGUUUCGUCUACAAUGAACCUGAAGGUGUUGUUAUGUCACGUUCUGGUGAUGAAUGUAUUGUCUCCCUAGAAGACCAAUGGUACUUGGAUUAUGGUGAAGAAACCUGGAAGGCUGAAGCUCUCGAAUGUCUAGAAGGUAUGGAAGUCUUCGCUCCUGAAGUUAAGAAUGCCUUUGAAGGUGUCUUGGACUGGUUAAAGAACUGGGCCGUUUCUCGUUCUUAUGGUCUAGGUACUAGAAUUCCAUGGGAUCCAAAGUACUUAGUUGAAUCUCUAUCUGAUUCCACCAUUUACCAAUGUUUCUACACAAUUGCCCACUUAUUAUUCAAGGAUUACUACGGUCAAGAAGUCGGACCUCUAAACAUUAAAGCUGAACAAAUGACUGAUGAAGUUUUCGAUUAUAUUUUCCAACAUACUGAUGAUGUUGAAACUGAUAUUCCAAUUAAGUCCCUACAAAAAAUGAGAAGAGAAUUCGAAUAUUUCUAUCCAUUGGAUGUUUCUAUCUCCGGUAAGGAUUUGAUUGGUAACCAUUUGACUUUCUUCAUUUAUAACCAUGUUGCUUUGUUCCCAAAGAAAUUCUGGCCAAAGGGUAUUAGAGCCAAUGGUCACUUGAUGUUGAACAAUGCUAAGAUGUCCAAGUCUACCGGUAACUUCAUGACUCUAAAACAAAUUGUCGAAAAGUUUGGUGCCGAUGCAUCUCGUAUUGCCCUUGCUGAUGCCGGUGAUACUGUUGAAGAUGCCAACUUUGAAGAAUCCAGUGCUAAUGCUGCCAUUUUAAGAUUAUUCAAUCUAAAGGAAUGGGCCGAAGAUAUCGUUAAGAACCAAGACACUUUGAGAACUGGUCCAAUUACUGACUUCUUCGAUGUUUCCUUCGAAAAUGAAAUGAACGUUUUGAUUGAAAAGACUCAUGAACAAUAUUCUUUGACCAACUACAAGAACGCUCUAAAAUAUGGUCUGUUUGAUUUCCAAACUGCUAGAGAUUAUUACCGUGAUUCUUGUGAAACCAUGCACAAGGAUUUGGUUCUACGUUAUAUCGAAUUCCAAGCUUUAGCUUUAGCCCCAAUUACUCCACAUUUCUGUGAAUACAUUUACCGUGAAGUUCUUGGUAAGUCUGGAUCCGUCCAAAACACUGCUUUCCCUCGCGCUUCUAAGCCAGUGGACAUGAAGGCUCUUGCUGCCUUAACUUAUGUCAGAGACUUGCAAAGAUCUAUCAGAGAAGCUGAAGGUCAAGCCUUAAAGAAGAAGAAGGGUAAAACAGCUGAUGUUGAUACUUCCAAGCCAAUCAAGCUAAGCAUUCUGAUCUCUGAGGACUUCCCAGAAUGGCAAUCCGACUGUGUCGAAGUCGUUAGAAAAUUGUUCGAAGAACAUACUCUAGAUGACAAUAAGAAGGUCAGGGAACAUAUUAAUCCAAAGGAGAUGAAGAGAGCUAUGCCAUUCAUUAACUUGUUGAAACAACGUCUAGCCGUUGAACCAGCAGAAGAUGUCUUAUCUAGAGAGAUUCAAUUCAAUGAAAUUGAAACCAUUAAGUCUACCAUUGAAUCUUUGAAGUCUGCCAGUCAAACUUUGAACACCACUGAAUUUUCUAUAAUAUCUUUCUCUCAAGGUGCUAAGACUGGUAAGGAUAUAUUUACUGGUGCUGAGGUUGAAUUAACUCAUCCGGCUAGAGUCAUUGACCGUGCUUUGCCAGGUAACCCAGGUGUUAUUUUCAGUAACAUCUAA